AUAUGUCUUCUCAGUUUGCACUCUGCUCUUUGCCUCCAUGAUGGUGACAUGGAAUCGACAAUAAAAUACCUUCACCGCUGUUCUACUUCUAUACAGAACCAAUCAGAUGUUAUUACCAAUACUCCAAAAGUGGAAUCCAUUGAUUCCGGCGUAUUUGCUUCCAUCCCAGUAAAACCCCAUGGUGAGGCUCGCUCUACGUUUUAUUCUGUACUAAUUGUCCGACUUGCUUCGACUCACUAUCUUCGCAUUUUGUGA